AUGUUGCCUCGCAUCCUCAUCUCCACACACACCCACUCGCCUUGCCUGCUCGCCAACACGCCUCUCCCACCCGUACUUUCCCCUCCUUUCUCUCCGCUUCUCCUGCCCCUCCCUCUCGCCAAUCUCCUUCCGUUUCCCUUUCUUCCCUCUCUCCUUCCUCUUCUCCCUUUCUCCCCUCUCCUCUCUAUCGUCCCGCCCCUCCGCCCCACGCAUGUCGCUCGCACUCUCACUGCUCCUGCCAUCACGUUCCUCCCACGACCGCCUGCCCCUCUCUCGCCCCUCCACUGCACACCUCCCUUCAUCUACUCUCCUCCGCCCCUCCCCUUCUGCUUCUCCUCCCCGUCCUCUCUUACCCCCUCCACUUCCUUCCUCUCCUUCCAACCCUUCUCCCUUCUGCGUCGCACCUUCCCCUUUCCUCCCUUUCCUUGUCUCCAGUUCAACAAUCGCCUUCACCUCAUCACCACUAUCAUCCCCCCCUCUCCCCACACCCUGCACCAAUUCUCUGACACCUUCCCCUUCCCUUGCAUCCCUCUCCUUCCCCUCCCCCCCGCUCCUCUCCCUGCCUCCCUCACUCCUUUCCCUGCGCGCCUCAAUCUCCCUCUCAUAAUCCCGCGCCCCCCUGCUCACCCCAUACAGCCCCUGCAUCUGCUGCUGCCACAGCAGGGGCGGCGGUGCAUCAAAGUCUGCCCACUCGUAAUCGCCGUGGGGUUCCAUCACCUCCCUUCCCCAAUCCCGCCCUUAAUCCCCCUCCCGAGUGCUCUCCCCCUCACCUUGCCCUUCCUGCGGUACUCUCCACAAAUGGCGUUGCGCCAUCUGUCAAUGGGAACCAACACACAUGCCAGCUGGCGGUGUGGGGAGGGAAGGGGAAGAGAAAGACAUGAAGGGAGGGGGGCAGAAGAGGGGAUGGCAGGAGAUGGGCAGAUUGCAUAUCUGUGCAAGUGGAAGAUGAAGGUGACUUCCACCCGUGCACAUGGCCACACGUUUAACAUAACUAACAAUAAUAAUAAUAAUAAUAAUAAUAAUAAUAAUAAUAAUAAUAAUAAUAAUAAUAAUAAUAAUAAUAAUAACAAUAACAACAACAACAACAACAACAACAAUAACAACAACAACAACAACAACAACAACAACAACAACAACAACAACAACAACAACAAUAACAAUAACAAUAACAAUAACAAUAACAAUAACAAUAACAACAACAACAACAACAACAACAACAACAAUAAUCAUAAUAAUAAUAUAUUAAAAAAACAAAAAAAAACUUUCUACGAGUUGUGCAGAUACUCCCAUGAACAUGCCAUGGCCGGCCCUCAUGAGCGUCACAGCAGGUGCAACAGGGCAGGAGCAGCAGGGCAGGAGCAGCAGGGCAGGAGCAGCAGGGCAGGAGCAGCAGGGCAGGAGCAGCAGGGCAGGAGCAGCAGGGCAGGUGCGUUUGGGCAGGAGAGCGAACUGGCCUUGAAGUUGUAG